AUGGCUCUGUGCGGGGGAGUCGGAGCCAUGGCUUUGCCCAGUGAGCUUAUUGUCCACAUAUUCUCCUUUCUGUCGGAUCGAGACAAGCUCAGGGCCUCCACCGUGUGUACGCGCUGGAGGGAGUGUCUCUUCUACCCUGCGCUGUGGACCGAGCUCAAACUGCGGAUUGGUGGAGGCUCCAGCUCCGAGGAGACUCCCAAGCUGGAGUUUCUUAUGCGCAAAUUCGGCUCCUUCGUGCGGGAGCUGCAGCUGGAGCUCGCCCCGCUGGAAGGCUCUCUGAACACGGACACAUCUGCUGCAAGAAUGGAGCCCUCUCCGCGCUGCAAAGACGCCAUGAUCACCUUUGUCAACCAGGUGUUAUGUGUUUUCACCAGCGUCAGGAAUAAUAGAAACCUCCAGCGGCUGCGUCUGUAUGGGGACACCUGUGUUCUUCAACAAGAGGGACUGUUGGACAGUUCCAACCUCCACCAAAUGGAGCAGGGGGACAAAAAGAUCAACGAAAUCCAGCAAUUGUUCAUGGAGUUUUUGUCCAAUAGCCGGCAGCUCCGAUGGCUUUCAUGUAGCUUCAUGCUUGGUCUAGUGACCUCCAACUCUCUUGCCUGUCUGUCCAACCACUCAGCAGAAACUCUGCAACAUCUAAGUUUACUGGACCACCAACUUGGACCACUUAUCGCACCGUCAGAGUUGGCUAGGCUUUCAAGUCUUCAGUCACUUGCUCUAGAUUUUUCUGAUUUGACUUCAGAGCUUUGUGGUUUGCUGGCAUCUCCACAGCGCACUCCUUUGUAUCGUCUCUCACUUUUGCUCAAUGGUGCAGCUCUAGAAUAUAAACCCUUAGAAGGGAUAGCAACAGAUGAUGACUGGAAGGCACUAGUCCGUUCUAGCACUAAUCUGAGAGUCUACAUCAUGGCACUUGAAGUAGUCAGUUCGGAGCUCCUGCGGGUCCUAAAACCCAGUCUCCCGUUAGAGCGCCUCCACCUGGACAGCUACAGCACCAUUGUGACUGACGCCACUUUGGAGCUGGUUUCUCAGCAGUACAACAAAACCCUGACUCACUUUCUUCUUCUGAGAGACGAUCCUGACUUUCCUGACCUCAGCAUCAAUCGCAACGAGGAUCCUUUGGUCCUCAUGGCUUGGAGGUGUACUAAGUUGGCUGUAUUGGUCUUGCAUGGAUACACUGUCUGGUCUCAUAACCUAGUAGCCAUCUCCCGCCUGCGAGGAUCCAGCCUUCGGGUCUUGACGGUGUCUGAAGAAAGCAUCGACUUUGACCCUGACCAGUCGAUGUGCAUGGAAGGUGACCCGGUUCAUAAUCUGGUUAAAGAGGUGUCCCUGGGCCUUGGACGCGUCUGGCACCCAUGUCUGGAUUCUAAUCUAGUUUUAUCUGAACCCACCCAACAUUUUCACCAAGAGGUGCAUGCCUUCAGCGUGGGCGUGUAG